AUUAAGGAUGGUCCAUUUAAUGGAUGAUGCUGGCUGCUGGGUCCUGCUGGGAUAUCUGCUCCUGCCUUUCUCUGUUGUGGGCUCCCAAGACAAUGCGAAGGUGAUCCACAUCAACAAAGUCCACCACCAGCCUCUCCGGGUUGGCCUGGCGGAGCCCGUCGCCCUGCCCUGCCUCUACCUCCUGCAGCUGCCCGCUGCCCUGGGGCCCAACGCGCCUCCUGACCCCCCUCGGAUCAAGUGGAGCAAGGUCCAGUCGGCCUCAGGGCAGCCGGAGGAUGUCCCCAUCCUGGUAGCCAAGGACAACGUGGUGAAGGUUUCCAAAGGCUACGAGGGGAGGGUCUCUCUGCCUGGGUACCCCUCCUGGCGCCACAAUGCCACGCUGCUGCUCUCAGCCGCCCGAGCCAGCGAUGCCGGGCUCUACCGCUGUGAGGUGGUGGCCGGGAUCCACGAUGAGCAGGACCUGGUGCCCCUGGAAGUCACAGGUGUGGUUUUCCACUACCGAGCUGCCAGCAACCGCUACGCGCUGACCUUCCCAGAGGCCCAGAAGGCAUGCGAGGAGAACUCGGCCGUCAUCGCUUCCCCUGACCACCUCCAAGUGGCCUUCGAGGAUGGCUAUGACAACUGCGACGCAGGGUGGCUCUCUGACCGCACCGUCAGGUACCCCAUCACCCUCUCGAGGCCUGGCUGCUACGGGGAUCGCAACACCCUCCCGGGAGUCCGGAGCUAUGGGGAGCGGGACGCCGGGGAGGCCUACGAUGUCUACUGCUACUCGAAGGAGCUUCGGGGAAAGGUGUUUUAUGCCUCCAGCCCUGGACGGCUGACGUUUCAGACGGCUCAAAAGCACUGCCUGAGCCGAGGCGCUCGGCUGGCGACUGCAGGGCAGCUGUACCUCGCUUGGAGAGAAGGGCUGGACCAGUGCGACCCAGGAUGGCUGGCCGACGGAAGCGUCCGCUACCCUAUCCGGAUCCCGCGGAAGAAGUGCGGUGGGGACGAGCCUGGCGUCCGGACAGUCUACCAGUUCUCAAACCGGACCGGCUUCCCAGAUCCAGCUUCCAAGUUUGAUGCCUACUGCUACAAAGCAUGGCAGCCGCCCACAAAACCAGGCCCAGCCACAUUGGGGGUCGACCACGGCCAGGUGGCUCGGGAGCCCAUGGAUCAGGACUCCGAGGGGAGCCAGGAUCCAGGCAUCGAGAACGUCUUGGUGGAGCACGACUCCCACUUGCCGCUGCUGAAUGAGCUUUUCCCCAAGGAGAACGACGACGCCGUCAUGUCGGGAGACUCGAAAGAGCUCUCAAAGGAUCCCUACGCUCCCUCGCAGAAGGCCGCCGUCCCGUUCUUGGAGGAAGACGAGCAGCUGCAGCUGGUGACGGCUUUCCCGGCUGGGUCUGUGGAUCUGUGGGAGGAGAAGGCGGCACCAGCCCCAAAGGCAACCCCCCUGGAUUUGGAAGGUCCCGCAUCUACAAGACCAUUCACCGUCUCCAUCCUGGGUGGGGUGGACGGUGGACAUCCUUUGGAUACAGCUGACCAAACUCCGGUUGAUGAGAUGAAGGAGCAUGGCGAGAUGACCGUUGGCAAAGAGUCGGCCAAAGCCGGUCAAACCAUCACCAAGUCCCCUCCUCCGGAAGACUCUGACGAUGGCUUACCACCUGAGGACGUUGCCCAUCCAACCUCUCCAACUUGGCUGCAUGGAACUGCAGAAGGGAGCAGCUCACUCAGCCCACAGCCCCCAUUCCGGACCCACAUCCCCAAGGGGCGUCCGACCUCAGCCCUCCCCCCGGUGCCUCACGGAGGCCACCCCUUUGGCACUGAGGCUCCUCCGGCUCCUUCUGGCCUCCCCGAAUCUACCCGAAAGAGCAUUUACUCCGGGCUGAACGGGCGCUACUUCCAGAGACGGCGAGAGGAAGAAGGAGACAGUGGCGGCAGCCAGCCGAGCAUCAAUGAGGGAGACGGCACUGCGGUGCCCACGACACUCUCUGUCCUGGCGCUGGCAGUGCGCACGAUGGCAGACAACUCCAUCGAGGCCACCGCGAGAGAGGCACCGAGCCCUGCCUCUGCCCUACGGGGCGGGGUAGUCUACGCCUUCUCCAACGAAGUGGAAGGGAACGGGUUAGCACCACCUGAGCAUCGAGGCCACCCAGAAAUGACCUUCUCCCCUGCUUCAGACUUCUUGGAGGACCCCAGUGCUGAAAAGACCACCCAGGGACACGAGGAGGCCUCUGUGCCAGAGAGCCAGGAACGGCCAACUCAUGAUGAGCACCCUGAUGCAUCCUCGCCAGCCACACCCAAUGGACCAUUGCACCGUCUGGAGGCAGUUGCCAUGACAACAGACGAUGCUCUGGAAGGCUCUCUCAUGGGUACCAGCAUCCGGGGAGACUACCCUCAAGCGAUCACUCAGCCUGGGGAGAACGAGGAGAUCUUCUCUGGAAACGGCGAUGUCACGCCAACGACUCCUCUGAAGAAUGAGUCCCGGGCCGAUGAGGCGAGUGGAGAGUCUGAUUACGACUUCAGAGAAAGCCAUGCCAAGGCCGUGAGUUUUGAAGAGGAACUCCCUGGCUUGGAGGAAGCUCAGCAUCACUUGCCCAGGGUAGUUCCAGAUCGAUCAGAGAAACAGGAAGACACAGCAGGAGGAGACCCCGUCUUGCAAGAAACCACCCAGCAUUCGGAGGUGGCACUGGCUGAGCUGAGAGGAGAAGAAGCCGUCACCCUCUCGGCAGAGGACAUCCCUUCCCCAAUGGCCGUCAAUGACUACCCACUAGUGGCGCGGCUGAUUUCCAGGGAGGCCGAUGCUUGGGGGGCGGUGGGUGGCGAGGAAGCCACCACAAUGGAAAUCAAAGGGAGGGCGAGCUCAGGGCUGGUGGACGGACCUGCCGUCACGGAGGUCCUGAAUCUGUCCAAAGCAGAAGACCACUGGGAGGUCAUAACUCCAAGCAUGAGUGGUCACUUUGAUGACGGCAUGGCAGGCCGAUCCCCAGUCCCAGAAGCCGUCAGCUUGGUCAGGAAUAGCUCUGGCCCCCAGCAAGGCAAAGGCACCACUGGAACUCCCAGCCACAGUACAACCCGUGAUUUGAUCCCUCCUGGGUUCCUUCCGAAAGGAUCAGAAGAUGGUGAGGACUUGACAUCUCGGGGGACGCCUGAGUCUCCCUCGCCUCCCUGGAGCACAUCAGAACCUGCGCGCCACAAUUUCGACACCUCUGAGCUGCCUGUUUAUCCCAGCGAUGGCGUGAUAAAUGGGAAAGAGAGCGAGAGCUACCUCCCCACUGCCCCGGGGCAGAUCCUUCCGAUGGAGUCCGACGGGGGGAGUGGAGAGGAGAAAGGAGGCGGCAUGUCUGCAGCCAAGGAGGUGGAGGGCCUGGCGUGGACCGGAGAGGUCAAUGCCACCGUGCUUGCGGAAACUGACCCCUGCGACAACGACCCCUGUUUGCAUGGGGGCACCUGCCAGUCCAGCGGAAACCUCUCCACCUGCAGCUGCCCCCGGGGGUUCACGGGAGAGAACUGCGAAAUAGAUAUUGACGACUGCUUGUCCAGCCCCUGCCAAAAUGGAGGGACCUGCAUCGAUGAGAUCAAUUCCUUCGUCUGCCUUUGCCUGCCCAGCUACGGAGGCAGCCUCUGCGACCGAGACACGGAGGGCUGCAACCACAACUGGAACAAGUUCCAGGGCCACUGCUACCGCUACUUCGCCCACCGACGCUCCUGGGAGGACGCAGAGAGGGAUUGCCGCCACCGGUCAGGUCACCUGACCAGCAUCCAUUCAUGGGAGGAGCACAACUUCAUCAAUAGCUUUGGACAGGAGAACACAUGGAUUGGCUUGAACGACCGCAUUGUGGAGCAGGAUUUCCAGUGGACAGACAACACCGGACUGCAAUACGAGAAUUGGCGCCAGAACCAGCCGGACAACUUUUUCGCUGGCGGUGAGGACUGCGUGGUGCUGGUGUCCCACGAGACCGGGAAGUGGAAUGACGUCCCUUGCAAUUACAACCUGCCCUACGUCUGCAAAAAGGAUACAGUGCUGUGUGGUCCUCCCCCCACGGUGGAGAACGCCUUCCCCAUUGGCAAGAAGCGAGAGAAGUACAGCGUCCACGCCACGGUCCGCUACCAGUGCCAGGAAGGCUUCCUACAGAGGCACGUGCCCACCAUCAAAUGCCACGUCAACGGGACGUGGGACAGGCCCAGAAUCGUUUGCACAAAACCCAGACGGUCCCACCGAAUCCGCCGCCACCAUCGCCGCCACCACAAGCACCACCAGCACAAAUCCCGCAAGGACCGCAGGAAACACUCCAAGCAGCACCCAAAGCUGGACUGGACGGAGGAAGACGGGAACUACUUUUAAUGACGGGCCUGGGAAAGAAAGCACAAGCUCCCAAUUCCGCUUCCCUCCCCAUCCCCCCCCUGACCUUCCUCCCCCCCCCCACGGAUGCAAUGGGUUUGCGCAUGUGUGUGUGAGCGAGAAAGAGAUGGGAAUCGUUGAUGCCCCCCACAUCUUCCUUCCCCUGUGGAUAAAUCUCUUCUGUUGUCGUGUGCAAGUUUACAAUGCCAGAAGAUGAUUUGCACCUUUUUUAAGGAUCUGCAGGGGUUGCAGAAAACAGGUUUUCUUGAAUUCAGGCUACCUGAGGCAGCUCCGCUGUGCAAACCUUUAUUCUGUUGAAGGCAGGCUGUCAGCACCUGCAGAUCUCUCUCUCGUUCCCUCUUUCUCCCUCUUCCUCUCUCAUCCACAGGUCUUUUUUACAUCCACGUCUCUCUCUUUUCCUGACAUCUGCUUCUCUCAAGCUCACUUUCUCUUUCUGAAAGCCUCUCCUCCCUCUCCAGGUGGCUACUGAGGAGGAGGAGAGGCCCUUUAUUGCCCCAGCUAAUCACCUGCAGGGAACUGUCCCUUCCCUCCUUCGCUACUUGCCCCUCCGCAGCAGCAGGGGGGUCAGAACCAUCAGCCCGCCUUACAGGGCCGUCGUCAGGGUUGCAGAGGAGGUGCUGCUGCAAACAUGCCUACCCAAGUGCUCUAUCAAAGUUCAUUUUGAUAGCCUGCACAGGAAGAGGGGCUGGUCAGGAUGGAGCCCAGAUUUACCCAGUCCCCCCAGGUUUUGUAGUUUGUUUGUUUGUUUGUUUGUUUGUUUGUUUACAGACUCUUUCCUGUUUUGACCUUUGGGUGUGACCCUCUUUUCCCCACCGUAAAAUGAUUUCCACAAAUGUCACAAUUGUGAGGAGUGUGUGUGUGUGUGUGUGUGUUUCUGGGGGGUGGGCAGGCGGGUAACUACAUGGAAAGUGCUUUGUGCAACUAUUAACCCUGCCGGGGCUCCAUUUGCACUGAACACCCUGGGGGCCUCUCUCCUCUUUGACAUUGUAGCUCACGGCCCUCUGUCUCAGUCCAUGCGGCCCUUGCUCAGUGCAGCCUGCAGAGAUGGCAUGGAGGGUGGGCAGGUGAGAGCAUGAUGCAACUGUGCUGUGUCACCCAGCCCACCCACCUGGGGGCCUGAAACUGACCCACACACUCCAAGGUGCUCCUGUGCUCCACCUCCAUACCCUCCAACAUUUCUCCAAUGAAACGAGGGACGUCCUAUUCUAUAUAAUAAUUUUAUUUUUUCUACCCUGCCCAUCUGACUGGG